CCUGACGUGGGUGGUAGGAGGAUACCAAAGUCCUCCAGGCGCUGGGGCGGUGUUAAAACACCAGCACUAACUUUAGCCACGGAGUUUAAUCCAGAUCCGGAGGCUAAAACCGACCAAAUGGCCUCACAGUGCACAGAUCUAGAACUGGCCAUCAAUACCCUGGUGACCCAGUUCCAUGCAGCCUCACCUACUGUAGGUCCAACUUUGACAGUGGAGGAGUUCCAGAGCAUGGUCACCAAAGAACUGCCAACCAUGGUGAAGACUGCUGGUGAGCAGGAGGGGCUGAACGAGCUGCUGAAGGAGAUGGGAGUGGAAGAGGGGCAGGGAGUCACCUUUGAGAACUUUUGGGUGCUGGUGAAUUCCCUAGCCAGCACUCAGUUUGGGCUGCUUCAGAAAGACAAAAGUGUUAAAUGUAACUGCCUGUUACUCUGAGGUCUAGGCAAGUGAAUAAACCAAACCCGAGCAAACAACUCCAAUCAGCCUCUCCCACUUUCUGCAGUCUGGUGCAAUGCUAUCAAAGAAACCUAGCAGGCCCUGCAUCACACCUCUCAGACCUUAUCAUUAGCAUAUUAUCAAUUUCUCCAGACAUAUUCGACCACACCUGCAAUCUAAAUGGUUAAACACAGCCAACAUUACAACUGAAACUUACAACUGGCUAAUAGUUGUAAAUGUUAUAAGGAAGAACCUUUUUUAUUUGCUGAUAAGCUCUGGUGCUGCAGGUUUUUGUUUUUGUUUAAAUGUUUCUGAAUCAUCCUGUCUUUAUGAUAUUUUUGUACAAUAAUGAUGAUAAAUGAACUGGAGACCUAGAAAUUAUUUUAUUUUGUCUCUGUUGUUUCAAGACAAAUUAUUUGAUAAAUAUCUGUUUUACACACAAUACAUUUUUGUAUACAAUGAAAAAAGUGUUGUAACAGAUUAUGGUGUGACAUUAAAAUAAUACAAAAUAUGGAA